AUGCCUGGUUUGGCCUUACUAGAUUCAGCCAAGCCUGUUGAGUUGCAAUGUGAUGCGUCAGGAGAAGGCGUUGCUGCAGUUCUUAUGCAAGACAAGCAUCCUAUUGUCUUUGAAAGUAGAAAGUUGAGAUGCCCUGAAAGCCUAUAUUCAAUCUAUGACAAGGAGAUGCUUGCCAUAAUGCAUGCCCUUGCGAAAUUAAGGCAGUAUCUGCUGGGAAGGAAGAACAACAUAGUGGCCGAUGCCCUUUCACGGAGACCCCAUCUAAGCUCUAUAUGUGAGCUUACUGCUGAUUUGAGGGACCUAUUGCUUGCUGAUUAUGCCAAAAAUCAGUUUGCAACCAGCAUUGUUGAAGGCACUAUUCAUGGUGAAAAGUACAGUUUGGUUGAUGAAUUGAAGUUGAAGGAGAAGCAACGUAUUGAGCGCUCAUUUGAGCUGGAUGAUAUGGUCUACCUAAGACUUCAGCCCUUCAGACAGUCUACUCUCAAGAAAAGUGGAGCAGAAAAACUCAAGCCAUGUUUUUAUGGACCAUUCAGGGUCAUCAGGAGAGUGGGAGUUAUGGUUUUCAAGUUGGAGCUGCUAGUGAGUAGCCGAGUACAUAAUGUCUUCCACGUGUCACGCCUCAAAAAGGCGGUUGGGCACAAUGUGAUAGUCUCUUCUGAUUUGCCUCCUUUGGAUGAAAAGGGAGAAUUGGUUCUAGUUCUUGACGCCAUCCUUGAUGUCACGGAACGAUUAUUGAGAAGGAGAACCAUCCAAGAGUAUUUCCUUAAGUGGAAGGACUUACCGGUGGAGGAUGCUACAUGGGAGAAUAAGGAGGUUUUACAGCAUCCUGGCUUGAGAUUGGUCGAGGACAAGCUAUUUUGGUAA